UCUUAUCCUUUAUUUGUCUCACACAUCCUGUACUUUACGAUUUUAAAUAUUACAACAAACCCUGGAAUAAAUGGAUGAUUUUACUUUGAUGGACUUUUCUGGCUCAUGUAGGAAUUUUGGUACAAAGGUGUCUUCGUUGAGUGGGACUGUUGUCAUCACCUGCCUGCUGUUAGCUGUUGCUGCAAAAGAAGACAGAGGAGUUAAGCUGUGUGUCACACAGAGACAAGGAAUAAAGGACUUCUCCAGUCAAAAUCUGACACAAGUCCCCUCUCCUAUUCCCGAGGAAACUCAAUAUUUGGAUAUUUCUCAUAAUUUUAUCUACAGAUUGAAUGGGAGUUCGUUUAGUGGCUUGUUGCAACUCUGUUUUCUAAAGGCAACACACUGUGGUCUGCAGGAGCUGUCCCCCAGCGUGUUUGAUCACACACCACUGCUGAAAGUUCUCAACAUAUCUCACAAUAAGUUACCGUUUAUUCCUGACCUUUCACUGAAGCAUCUGAGAGUUUUGGAUUUGAGCAACAAUGUCUACAGCAGCUAUCGGGUCCCAGAAUACUUUCAGGAUCUAACCCACCUGGAUCUCCUGUCACUAGGAAGCCCGGCUGCUGUGUCGGUCGGCUACAACGACUUUGACCCAUUGAUGAACAUUUCUUUGCAUCACCUAAUCCUGGGAGCAGGAAAUCUGUGGAGAAACUAUGAUUCUGGUUCUUUGGCAAAGAUCAGGUAUCUCCAGAAGUUUUCACUUCACACAGCAUUUUGUGAAAAUUUCAGACAGUUUGAGAACCUUCUUGUGGAUCUGAAUCAAACCCAAACUAAAUCACUGAGAUUCAUCACAUUUGUUCCAGACGACUGCCAGGUGAGCGGGAAUCCUUUUAAGAACUUGAGAACAAUGACAUCCAUACGGAGUCUCACCUUGGAAAACACCUGGAUAAACAGCUCCUUCAUGGAGAUGUUUGUGAAGAACGUGUGGCUGUCGCCGCUAUACAACCUCUCCUUUGUGAACAUCACUUAUAAUGAAGACACACCAGAUGGAUUCCAGUUUCCUGCCAUAAAUCACAGCGUCAGCCUUUCCUCCAUCACAUUCAGGGGCAUAAACCACUACCAGUACCGCUAUCCCACCAUCAACAUGAGCUUUGAGGUCAUCUCCAAACUCACCUACCUCAAGUUUUCUGGGACAGGAAUGAACAUUCUACCUUGCAAAGUCAUGUCAGUCCUGCCAUCCCUGGAGACCCUGGAUCUAUCAGACAACCUUCUAUCAGAGUCAGGCUUUUGGUGGCCUAUGUGUUCACACACAUCUACCUUUCCUAAGUUGCAGCAUCUGUCUUUAAGCAAAAACCGCUUCAGCAGCCUCUCCUUCAUAUCGCAGAAGAUGAAAGAAAUGAACACUGUGGCCUCUCUGGACCUGAGCUUUAACUCCAUCAUCCUAGAUGGGGCCUGCUCCUGGCCCAUACAGCUGACUCAGCUCAGUCUUGGAAACAACAACCUGGGAAAUGAGGUCUUCAGACUCAGUUCCAACAGCAUCCAGGUCAUCCCUGCAGAUCUGAACAUCCCGGCUCUCACCAGCCUCCACGUGGACCAGAACGCUAUCACGUCUCUGUCCAAGGAGGUCUUCGCUGGGCUGCCCAGGCUCAAGGCCCUCAAAGCUGGUAACAAUCCAUUUUUCUGUUCCUGUGAGUCCUACUGGUUUGUUACUGCAUUCAACAAGUCUUUGGUUCUGUACUGGCCUUUGGAUUAUUUAUGCAGCAGCCCUCCAGCCCUUGCAGGCCUGUCCCUGUCGGAGUACAAACCCACCAAGCUGUCAUGUGAGGCGUGGCUCCAGGCUGCGGUGGCACUGCCAGCAGUUAUCACUGUUUCUGCCUGCUUAGCUCUGCUGUUCUAUAAGUGUGAUGGAAUCUGGUAUACAAAGAUGCUAUGGGUCUGGAUCCGGAUGAAGAGAAGAGGCAAGCAGCGCUCUAAUAUGUUAACAAAUGUGUCUUUCUUUUACCAUGCCUUCCUCUCGUACAGCCACCAGGACUCAGACUGGGUGGACAACCAGCUGGUGCCCUCCCUUGAAGGUGCAGGCUUCUCUCUUUGUGUCCACGAGCGAGACUUUGUCCCAGGGGAAUGGAUCAUAGACAACAUCAUCAACUGUGUAGAGUCCAGCUACAAGACGCUGUUUGUACUCUCAAAGCACUUUGUGCAAAGCGAGUGGUGUAAUUAUGAGCUCUUCUUCGCCCAACACAGAGCCCUCAGCGUCUAGCGGGACUCUCUGGUCUUUAUCCUUCUGGAGCCCAUCCCAGCAGACUCUCUGCCCAAGAGGUUCCUGAAACUCAGAAGCUUGCUGAGGCAGCAGACGUACCUAGAGUGGCCGAAGGACGAACGGAAGCAGCGGGUUUUCUGGGUAAAUCUGAAAUCCAUGCUGCACGUGGCCGACAAGUCUGUCGUUCUAAAGGAGGUGGCCCUGAGCCUCUCAGACACAAUUCCUCUAAUCACAGACCCAGUGUGAGAAGUCCAAAGCAACACCAGCAUUGGUUUACAAGCUGGAUAAAAUUAUUAUAGAGAUUACAGAGCAUUAUGUGCGAACAAUUUCAAGUUACUUCUUCUCUGAUUUUUCAUUAUAAUCCCCAUUUAGUCUCUGGAAGAUGUCUUGUUUUGAUUUGUGUAAAAAUGUGUAUUUAUGUAAAAAUAAGUUUUCUGACAGUAAAAUGUUAAAAUAGUAAAUUAA